AUGGAAAUAGCAAGUGUUUUGUGGCUCCAUCAUCUCUGUGGGAUUACUCAUACUCUGAACUGUUUGGUCGCAAGAUCAUGCUCUGAUACCAUGUCAGAACAGAGACUGCGGGUUUUGGUCAAGUACGAGUUUAGAGUUGCUUACUUAUCUUUUGCCCAACAAAUAGUUGAAGAGUAUUCUGAGAAAAUAUUUAUUUCCCGGACGAAGAAAAGCCAUCCUACCCUUUCACUAGCACAACAGGUUCUGGAAAGCAUCUGUGCAAAUGACAAGAAAGCAGUGUACGAGCAUAUUGUUAAGUCGGAUGUUGGCGUCAAUGCCAUCAAUUGGCAAUCGUUGUCUGGAGACUCUCUCCGCGUGGCUUCUUCAAGUAACUUAAACAUUGCAUCUCAGGCUGAAAAUCAGCUCAUUGAGGACAUACAAGAUGGCUCUAGCGCGCUUCACCUGGCUUGCCUAACUAGUGAUAUUGGCAUGGUGGAGCUUCUCCUACAGCUUGGCGCAGAUAUAAAUGCUUCUGAUUCUGGAGGCCGGACACCACUUCAUUGUUGUAUUAUCAGAGGGAAGACUGCAGCUGCAAAAUUGCUUAUCUUGAGGUAA